CUCGGUGUGUCUCGUUCAGUAGUGCUCUCGGUUGCUUUCGAACGAUUUCGCACCGGAUGUCCAUCGAGCCCGCUCGGCGUAUUCAGUGGAGGGCCGCGGUUGAAAAAUCGUUCCGGUCAAAAUCAUUGAGAAUGUAAUCGUUCGUCGCGGCUGGUUACAGAUGUCGUCAGAGAAAAUCGUUCCAACGAUGGCUUUCGUACAGAAAAUCUUCUUCACGUGCUCGUUGCUUGUUUUGCCGAUCGAGAUCGUCUCGAUCGAACAUUCGUCCGGUUCGGAUCGCUACGACUCUUCGAGUCACAGACUAAUCUGGCCGAUCUGGUUCCACGAGAAAUUGUCUCGUAUUCGGCACGAUCGUGAUUCGAGAAGUUCUCAGCAGCAUCUCUUUCCGGAAAGAUUUACAUCGACGAUCGCGCCGCAAAGUGUCGGGUCCAGACAUCACGUGGAGCAACGGGUCCAUCAGCAACGAUCCGGAACCACGAAACCGGAGAAACUCAGCACGGUUGCAGUGGCCGAAUACGGUGGCACCAGAGCGAUCGCUUAUGCCGGUUAUCAUAACAGUCAUCGUCAUCAGCCGAGGGAAACUAUUACGCAGAGCUACCCGCAUCUCACUACGACUCCGUCUACCUACACCAGGCAUCAUCCUGGAAGACGCGUUUGCAAUAGAUCGGUUCCAAGCUCUACGGUUCAUCAUCAUCAAAACGGACAAAUUAGGUAUCUUAAUAUUUUUAAUAUUAAGGCUGACACUUCCGUUUUCUUGUGCUGCCCAGGAUGGACCCAGGCGACCCAUUUGAGCUUCGGAUGUAACAAACCUACCUGCCCAGCACCAUGCUUAAACGGAGGAAUAUGCACCUCCCCCGGCAGGUGCACGUGUCCCAAAGGAUUUACAGGCAACCAGUGCCAGACAGACGUCGACGAGUGCGUGACAGAGAAGCCCUGCGAUCAGCUCUGCAGAAACCUACCCGGAACCUACGAGUGUCACUGCAGACCCGGUUUUCAAUUGCAGAAAGACGGCCAGUCCUGUCGAAAAAAUGAUACUGAAGACACUGCUUUUGAGGCUCGAGAUUUAGAGGUUGAUUUCCAUGAAGCAACAACGACCAAGCGUCCAUCUAUUUCCUCCCACGAUACGGAAAACGAGGUGGCCGACGAUGACCUCGAUCAGGACUACGAGAUUAUCCUGAAAAGGCUGACCAAGCUCGAAAAGCAAUUUGCAAAAGGAAGAAAAAGAGACACAGAUACGACAGAAAUGAGCGUCAAAGUUGCUUCCGUCGUUGACAGUAUAAACGAAAUGAAAAGAGCUGUGGAAAAUAUGCACCACAUGCAACAGGAAAUAUACGAGAUGCGAAAUAAGCUGAGGGAGUACGAAUUGGAGACAAGGAAAAUGCAACAUUUGACGAAUCGAGUGAUGGAAUUGGAAAAUCGUUUGAGACUACGUUGUAGAGCAACGAUGCCGAUAAACGGUGGCGCAUUAAACUUUUAAUGUCACUACAAUAAAAGGAAAUAUCAAAAUCCAUAGGGCAUUGCCCAUAAAUGUAAUAUUUAUGUACGAAUACUUUUUAUAAAGGAUAUACUACCACUGCCAUCUUCAUAGCUUUUAUGUGUUAGACUUUUAGUAGAAUUGUAACUUAAAUAACCUUUGUGAUCAUUUAUAUUCAGCUUUGUAUUAAAAAACAAAA